AGUAUCAUCGCAAACUCCUCUGUUUCACAUCUUUAUAAUAAAUCGAAUAUUGAAAAUGAUGUCUUUAAGGAUGUUUUUUUAAAGAUGGCUUAUGGUGUUGUGAUUCUCGAUUUAUCUAUAGUAUGUGUUACAAGUGCCACACUGGCCCGAUCUAAUAAAACUACAGCUGCUAACAUCAGCUGACGUUUGCACAGGAACUGAGAAACGUCAUUUUAAAAAUAAUCAUGAUUGAGAUAAUGGCGAAGUUAGUCAGAGGGCCUGUAUAUUUUACUGGAGAAGUUAUAGAAUGUUUAGUCACGUUCAGUAAUCCGCCAAAUCCAAUUCAUCAAAUAUCUCAGAGCCACAGCGAUAUAUUUGAGAGUCUUGCAUGGGCCAGCGCGCAAGUUCAUUGUCAAUGUUCCACGAAUAUGAAACUCGUGUUAUCGGAAAAAUUAAAUACCACUGCUCGAUUGGCAGCUAUUAACGCAAAUACAACAUUUGCCCCGUGGCAACAAGACAAUGGUCAUGUUGUAAUGAAUACAAAACCCAAAAUUUUGUUCUGCGACUUGAGGUUAUCACCCGGCGAAAGUAAAACAUAUAUCUAUCGGGAAAUAAUUCCAAACGACGCCCCUCCAUCGUACAGAGGACACGCAAUAAAGUAUUCUUAUAAAAUUACAAUCGGAACACAACGAGUAAAUACGGCUAUUAAGUUACUCCGAGUUCCAUUCAGAGUGCUUUCUUUAAGCGAACUGCCUGAAAUAACUACUUGCAACGAUAGCAUCGAUUUAAGUCCGAACAAUCCAUUCAUGGAAACCCAACACAGAGAUACUCCAUUAGACGUUGCGUUACAAACUCUCCAGAAUUUAACGGCCAGACGCAGUCCGAAUUUUUACAAUAUUACCAACGGACGGGGGCGCGUCGUAAGGUUCUGCCUUUUUAAAAAUUCUUAUAAACUCGGCGAAGAUAUAGUUGGAACGUUCGAUUUUUCAAACGCUACCGUAUCGUGCGCUCAAGUAUCGGUUGCGUUGCAAUCGGAAGAACAUAUCUCAGAGGAGUACAGACGAGGAAAAGCCGCAAAUCUGACAUUAGUCAGUUAUAAUAAACAUCACGAGAUGUGUAUGGGUUUAAAAUACUCUCAUUUAGUGUUACCCAUACCCUUGCACGUAACUCCAGAUUUUACCACCGAUUUGAUGACACUAAAGUGGAGAUUGCAUUUUGAAUUUGUCACCACUUGUAAGCUGAUAGAAAUGCCCAAUGCAAGUACCAACAGCUGGCAAGGACCAUCAACUUUGGACGUCGAGACAAUGAUUUGGGAUUUACCUGUGCACAUUCAUCCGACAACCACACCACCUAAUACUGCACAACAAACGAAGUAUAGUAUAUUGAUAUAGCAAAUUGAGAAGUAUUAUUGUCAUGGUGCAAGAAAUUCUUAAAGACUUGCUACCUUUCGUCGAUGACUGUUCAAUACAUAAAUCUAAACGAAAUAUUCUAUUUCACGUGUACAAAUUUGUCGGGAUAAAUUAUAUUUUGACAAAAGUCUGUAUGACAUUUUGAUACGUCAGAUAAUAUGUAAGUAGUACUGUAAUGAGAAUCUCGAGAACGUAGAAAGAAGUCUCUGCUAGUUUGAAUUGCUGGGUUACGCAUAUAACUGCGUGUUGUUUCUGCCAAUAUAGGGAAUCUUGUUUUGUUUGUAAAAAAUUAGCAUUCU